GAAGAGAGGCAGAUAGAGAUAGAGAGAGACAGAUAGAGUUCUAUGCUGUUCCGCUUUAAACGCCAGUAACGGAUAUUCUGAUUUUGCUUUGCCCCACAGACCGACGAAACGAAAAGGACACACAAGACGGCUUAUAUACACAAUUAGCCACAGUGAAUGGGUCCAGCCGGAUACGACGAUUGAAUACGAAGAGAGCUCCGACCGACCCGACCCGACCCGACCCGCACACGGAAACCGCACAAGCCCUUGAAUAGAACAACAUUCCCUUAGGCGAGGACCCAGCCCGACCCAGACCCAGACCCAGACCCAGACCCAGACCCACACCUAGACCCACAUUCAGACCAACAUUCGGACCCACAGCCAGACCCGCGCCCCACAAACAAACACACGACACACGCGAUGUCGGACACAACCUCUUUUGAGCUGGGCUCGGCCUCCGACCGACCCCCGAAUAGGUUCCAAGUGAAUCCGGUCAACGGCAACAGUCGCAAGACACAAGUCGCGACGGCCGACGGGGCCGGGACCGGGACCGGGGACAGCGAGGGACCCCACGAAGUCUACCGCCGGCUGACCAACAUCGAUGGGGAACUGCUCGAGGACGAUGCCUUCGAUGCGACCCAAAUGCUGAACAAACACCAGCCACGACAACAGAGGCAAUCCAUCAAGAGCAGCUUCCGCGACAAGGAUAAGCCGUCCCGCUUCAGGGACCUGCAGACGACGACACGCUUUCAAGUGGACCCCCGGAGCGGCGACUCGGACGAGUCCAACGAUUCGCAGGAGGAGCGCGAGCUGCUGGACAGCGAAAUAUACGAUACGAAAUAUGGUAAAAGUUUUCGGCACUUCACGCGCGAGGCACUGCCCCGUCUGGACAACUACCGGAACAUGAUGUCCAUCCAAGCGGCCUACCGUCCCACCCUCGACGAGCUGCACAACGCGACGCUGACGGGCAAGAACACUCACAGCUUGACGCGCAAUCAGGACCCCGAGUCGGGCGCCAUGAAUGGCAUCUUGAAAUUCGGAUGGAUCAAAGGAGUGCUCAUACGCUGCCUCCUCAACAUCUGGGGUGUCAUGCUCUUCCUGCGCCUCAGCUGGGUAGUGGGACAGGCGGGCAUCAUCGAGGGCUUCGUAUUAAUUCUGACAACGACCGCUGUCACGACCAUCACGGCGUUGUCGAUGUCGGCGAUAAGCACUAAUGGUGUCAUCAAAGGAGGUGGCACCUAUUACAUGAUAUCCCGAUCCCUGGGGCCGGAGUUUGGCGGCUCCAUUGGGCUCAUUUUCUCGCUGGCAAACGCCGUCGCCUGUGCCAUGUACGUGGUUGGCUUUUGCGAGUCAAUGCUGGCCAUGAUGACGGACUUUGACUGGAAAAUCGUCGACGGCGGCGUGCAGGAUGUGCGCAUCAUAGGCUGCGUGACCAUACUGCUGCUCCUGAUCAUCGUCGUCGUGGGCAUGGAGUGGGAGGCCAAGGCCCAAAUCGGACUCCUGAUCAUCCUGCUGGUGGCCAUUGCCGACUUUGUCAUCGGCAGCUUCAUUGGCCCCAAGAACGAACUGGAUCGUGCCAAGGGCUUCCUCGGCUACAAUGGCACUACCUUCAGCACAAACCUCUUUGCGGACUAUCGCGAGGAGAAGGGCGUGCAGCAUGACUUCUUCUCGGUGUUUGCCAUCUUCUUCCCCGCAGCCACUGGAAUACUGGCGGGUGCCAACAUAUCGGGUGACCUGAAGGAUCCCCAAAAAUCCAUUCCGAAGGGCACGAUUCUGGCGAUCGUCAUCACCACCGCCACCUACCUGAUCAUGGUACUGCAGUGCGGUGGUGCAGUGGUGCGUGACGCCACCGGCAACAUUACAGAUGCGAUCAAUGGCUCCUAUGCGUUUCUGGACUGUGCGGACGGUGGAUGCAAAUUCGGUUUGCAGAACUCUUUCCAGGUGAUUGAGCUGGUGUCCGGCUUUGGGCCGCUGAUCUACGCUGGCUGCUUCGCUGCCACGCUCUCGUCGGCUCUGGCCAGCUUGGUCUCUGCCCCGAAAGUCUUCCAGGCACUCUGCAAGGAUGAGCUCUAUCCGAAAAUCGUGUGGUUCGCCAAGGGCUUUGGCAAGAACAAUGAGCCCGUUCGGGGUUACGUGCUGACCUUCAUCAUUGCCUCAGCCUUUAUUUUGAUCGGAGAACUGAACCUGAUUGCCCCGCUCAUCUCGAACUUCUUCCUGGCCGCUUACAUGCUGAUCAACUUCAGCACCUUCCACGCCAGUCUGGCCAAGCCGGUGGGCUGGCGUCCAACCUUCAAGUAUUACAACAUGUGGCUUAGUCUGCUGGGCUCCAUUCUCUGCGUGGCCGUCAUGUUCCUCAUCUCGUGGGCCACCGCACUUAUCACCUUUUCCGUAGUGCUGGCAUUGUACUUAAUCGUGGCCUACAGGAAGCCGGACGUCAACUGGGGCUCCACCACGCAGGCGCAGACGUACAAGAACGCCCUGAUGUCGGUGCAGCAGCUGAACAACGUGGAGGAGCACGUGAAGAACUACCGCCCGCAGAUCCUGGUGCUCUCCGGGCUGCCCAACACGAGGCCAGUGCUGGUCGACCUGGCCUACAUGCUGACCAAGAACCUCUCGCUGCUCGUCUGCGGACACGUGUUGCGCGGCUCCAGCUCCCAGAAGUAUCGCACCUACCUGCAGGAGCGGGCCGCCAACUGGUUCCGCAAACACCGCGUCAAGGGCUUCUACGCCUUGGUGGACGGCGAGGACUUCGAGUCCGGCACCCGCGCUCUUAUGCAGGCCACCGGCAUCGGCAAGCUGAAGCCCAACAUCCUGCUGCUGGGCUACAAGACUGACUGGCAGACAUGCGAGCACAAGGAGCUGGACCAAUACUUCAAUGUGAUGCACAAGGCCCUGGACAUGUAUCUCUCGGUAGCCAUUCUUCGGGUGCCCCAAGGUCUGGACUGUUCGCAGCUGCUGGGGUCGCAGGAUGGCUGGAAGACCGUGUCGGAAGUGCCGCGGACGCUGCAGCCCAACGAGAGCUCCGGGGACCUGCAGGCCGCCGACAGCAGCGCCAGGAAUGGCCUGGGUGGCAGCAUUGACUCCCUGAGCCGCAACGUGUCGGUGUCGCAAGAGGACCGUGGCCGCCAUGCCCUGCUCCAUGCCGAGAACAGCCUGAAGAUAGUCAAAUUGCGCUUUAAGCAGAGUCUCCGUAGAAUGCGCUCCUGGCCAGGUGCAGCCUCCAGUACCAGCGACCUCUCGUUUAUAGCCAGCAAUCAGGCUAAGGAUGUGUCCGGCUCCCCCGAUCCUCUCGAGGCCAAGGCGGCCAAUGUGGUGCCCAACACCCUGCGCAAGUCCAAGCUGAAGCACGACGACCCAGCCUCCCUCUACAAGGGUCCUGGCGGGGUGGAGCUGUCCAAGGAGAUCCUCUCCGACCUCACCCAGUUCACGAGGAAGCGCAGCCAUGCCGUGAUCGAUGUCUGGUGGCUGUACGACGACGGUGGCCUCACACUCCUGCUGCCCUACAUCAUCAGUACGCGACGCACCUGGCAAUCGUGCAAAUUGAGGGUGUACGCGCUGGCUAACAAGAACUCGGAGCUGGAGUUCGAGCAACGUUCCAUGGCCAGUCUCCUGUCCAAGUUUCGCAUCGACUACUCCGACCUGACACUGAUACCUGACAUAACCAAGAAGCCGCUCGAAUCGUCUACGCAGUUCUUUAAUGAGCUAAUUAAGGACUUUGUGGUGAGCGAGAAGGACACCGAGAACGGUAACAGCAGCAGGGCGACCCUCAACGAGGACGAAACUCUCAUAAGUGACGAUGAUCUGCUGGCCGUUCAGGACAAGACCAAUCGAUAUCUCCGUCUGCGCGAGUACCUGCGGGAGCAGUCGACAAAGUCGGAUCUGGUGGUCAUGACGCUGCCCAUGCCUCGAAAGAACAUCGUCUCCGCCCCCCUCUACAUGGCAUGGCUGGAGAGUCUCAGCCGCGACAUGCCACCAUUCCUGUUUGUGCGCGGAAACCAGACGAGUGUGCUGACGUUCUACUCGUAGAAAAGGACCAGGACCGAGAUGGGGACCGGAACCGGGACCUAGCUGUCUCCGGAUUCUAUUGUAUUCUACUUACACUUACCAACACUCACACUCACUUUUUUUGUUAGAUGUACGAGUAUUUUAUCUUUAGCUGUACCACCUAUGUUGUACAUACAUUUAGGAGCGGAGCCCUUCUCCACGGAACGCACACAGGCACUGCACCCGCAGACGGACACGGUAAUCGCCUUACAGUCCGAAAUAGACAUAAAUAAAACCAACUCCAUAUUCGUGUGUGCCGGGUCCGGGCUGCUCUUUCCCUUCUAUAAAAACAUUGUCCCUGCAAUCGAGUUUAAAUUGUGUUUAAAUACAGUGCAGUAAAUACAGUAAUUUUUUUUUGAAGUAAACAUAAUUUGUUAGUUACUAAGCAGGAACAGGAACAGGAACAAAGGCUUAUCUCUGAAAUUAGCACGAUUAAAUUUGCGCUGUGGAUUUUCUGUGGCGAUUAACUAA